CACAUUUUCUUCACUACUUCAAGCGUCUCAGGUAGUUUAUUUAAUAAAUCGGCCAACGCAUUCGCGACGUUCUCCACAACCGUUUUCAUAUCCUUCAGUUCUGGUUUGGAGCCAACUAUACGAGAGAGGUUGACACGUUGGCCUUGCAGGAUAACUUUGGCCACUUCUUCUAGGCUCAACUCACUGCAAGAAACUACAUACUUGUAA